GCGGGGGGAGGGGGCGGGCGGACUCCGAGCCAUUUUGGAGCCGGUGUCAGUUUCCACUCUGCCUUCAGCGGUGCAUUUUUUUCCACCCUCCCCUCCCCCUCCUCGCCCUGCCUCCCCUCCCCCGCCUCCCCGCCCGCACGCACACUCGGCGCCCCCCGCCCGCCCGCCCGCCCGCCCGCCUCCCCCACGCGAGUCUGAAAUAAUAAUCGUACUAUUAAAGGCAGAGACCGGGCGAGACAAUGGGGAGGUUGGCGAGGGAGCCCCGCGCCGGCUUAGCAACACCUCCCAGCCCCGCAGAAUAAUACGGCUCGGCCCCUCCGCGCGCCCUCCCCCGAGCGCGGCCGGGAGGCGGCGGCUGCGCCGAGGAGGAGGAGAGGCCCUGAGGAGGCGGCGGCGGAGGCCGCGCGGAGGCGGAGGAGGCCGCGCGGGAGGAGGAGGCCGCAGCGCGCGAGCAGGAGGCCGGCGGGGGAGCGGCAUGAGCCGAGCGCGGCGGCCGCGGCUGCUCUCGGCCGCGCUCGGUGCCCAUUGACAGCGGCGGCGGCAGCUCGCUCCAAGAUGGCCGCUUGGCUCGCAUUCAUUUUCUGCUGAACGACUUUUAACUUUCAUUGUCUUUUCCGCCCGCUCCGAUCGCCUCGCGCCGGCCGCUCUUUCCGGGAUCUUUUAUCAGGCAGAAAUGCAUCGAACAACCAGAAUCAAGAUCACUGAGCUGAAUCCCCACCUAAUGUGUGUACUUUGUGGAGGGUACUUCAUUGAUGCCACUACCAUAAUAGAAUGUCUACAUUCCUUCUGUAAAACAUGUAUUGUGCGCUACUUGGAGACCAGCAAGUAUUGUCCUAUUUGUGAUGUCCAAGUUCACAAAACUAGACCACUACUGAAUAUAAGGUCAGAUAAAACUCUUCAAGAUAUUGUAUACAAACUAGUUCCAGGGCUUUUCAAAAAUGAAAUGAAGAGAAGGAGGGAUUUUUAUGCAGCUCAUCCUUCAGCUGAUGCUGCUAAUGGCUCUAAUGAAGACAGGGGAGAAGUUGCAGAUGAAGAUAAGCGAAUUAUAACUGAUGAUGAGAUAAUAAGCUUAUCUAUUGAAUUCUUUGAUCAGAGCAGAUCUGAUCGGAAGGUCAACAAAGAGAAGUCUAAGGAGGAGGUGAAUGAUAAAAGAUACUUACGCUGCCCAGCCGCAAUGACCGUGAUGCACUUGAGGAAGUUUCUCAGGAGUAAGAUGGACAUACCGAACACUUUCCAGAUUGAUGUCAUGUAUGAAGAGGAACCUUUAAAGGAUUACUAUACACUGAUGGACAUUGCCUACAUUUAUACCUGGAGAAGAAAUGGCCCACUUCCUUUGAAAUACAGAGUUCGGCCAACUUGUAAAAGAAUGAAGAUCAGUCACCAGAGAGAUGGACUGCCAAACACUGGAGAACUGGAAAGUGACUCUGGAAGUGACAAGGCUAGCAGCCCAGCAGGAGGUAUCCCCUCCACCUCUUCUUGUUUGCCCAGCCCCAGUACUCCAGUGCAGUCUCCUCACCCACAGUUCCCUCACAUUUCCAGUACUAUGAAUGGAAGCAGCAACAGCCCCAGUGGUAACCACCAAUCUUCCUUUGCCAGUAGACCUCGAAAAUCAUCAAUAAAUGGCUCAUCAGCAACUUCAUCUGGUUGAAACCUGAGACUGUUAAGGAAAAGAUUUUUCAACCCUGAUUUAGAUACCUUCAAAUCCAUUACAGCUUUAUAGAUGCUAAUACAUGUGACUGUCGUCCAGUAUUGCUUUCUUUUGUAGUGACAUUAAAUUUGGCCAUAAAAGAUGAACUAUAUGUGAUAUGAUGCAUCAUAUGGAUGUUAAUUGAAAAGACAGAUUCUUUCUGUAAAGAAUUGGAUUCUGAGAAGGCAGGCAAGAUUGUUUCUGUGUUAGGAAAGAUGUGAAAUGGCUUCUGUGACCAUUGUUUGGAUUGGAAAUGUUCUGCAGUGGGUAGAAACAUUGGGCCAUAGUUUGUUAAUCUCAACUAACAUUGUCGACAUCACAUUCUCUUUGAUUGUUCUUGUUCUUAUGCUGUUUUGUGGACCUGUAGAAAACAAGUGCUUUUUAUCUUGAACUUCAACAAAUGGAAAGAAUAAGCAUAGAAUAAUGCAUUCUAUGUAGCCAUGUCACUGUGAAUAACAAUUUCUUGCAUAUUUAGCCAUUUUAAUUCCUGUUUGAUUUUUACUUCUCUGUUGCUACGCAAAAUGAUCAAAGGAAACUUCAGUUUUACAAUCUGUAUGCCUAAAAAGCGGGUACUACCGUUUAUUUUACUGACUUGUUUAAAUGAUUCGCUUUUGUAAGAAUCAGAUGGCAUUAUGCUUGUUGUACAAUGCCAUAUUGGUAUAUGACAUAACAGGAAACAGUAUUGUAUGAUAUAUUUAUAAAUACUAUAAAAAUAGUGUGUCUCAUGCAUUCAAAAACAGUUGUUAAACUUCUCCAAACUGGUUCGACCUUUGCAGAUACCCAUAGUGCACCCCUUGUUGAGGCUUACUUACACCAGCACAGAAUUUGUUUUAAUGUUGAUGACUAGUUUCAAAUACUUUACCACGUAGAACCAAAUGGCAGAUAUCAUAGUUCUGGCUUUUCUCCAAUAAUACUUUCAAAAUUAAUGUUUCAGUAAAGAAAAAUUUUAACCAAGGCAAAUGGAAAUAUAGUGUUUUAAUUUUCUAUUGGUUAAAAUAGAAUUAAUGUGUUUUUAAAUACUGUUUAUCACUGGAAUUCUAAAGUAGAUUUUUAAGUCAACCAGCUGAUUGCUGAAGGAAAGCAUUUUAUCUACAAUUAUUUUAGUGUAUGCGGCGUAAUAAUAAUUUCAAAUUUAAGAGUUGUUUUCAUAGUUAAAGGAAUCUGCCUUUUCUGUAAUGUCUGGAAAUAGAAGCAAUUUAUUAUGAGUUUCUACAGGUAUUUUGAAAUAGAGCAAACAUGUUGAAUUUAAGAUAUCAAUGACCCACCAAUUCUGUUUUGCUUUGGUCGAACUUAGUGUGUGUUCAUCAUCUAUCGGUUGGUUGUGAGGAUGUUUAUUCUAUAUGAAUAUUGUUUCAUGUUUGUAUGGGAAAUUGUAGCUAAGCAUUUCAUUGUCCCCAGUCUGCAAAAGAAGCACAAUUCUAUUGCUUUGUCUUGCUUAUAGCCAUUAAAUCAUUACUUUUACAUACAUUGACGUUACUUCCGCUUUCUUUAAAGAUUCAGUAAAUGAUGUUUUAUGAAGCUACAAAAUACAUAUAUUUUUAUUUUGACCUAAAUUUGUACAGUCCUAUUGUGUGUGUUGUUUCUAAUUAUAGAUGUAAAAUUUUAAUUUCAUUUUUAAUUGGAAAAAUUCAAUAAAAGGAUAUUCAUUUAGAAAAUAGCUAUCAUCUUUAAUUAAAAAUUUGCUAUGAAAAGCACAAUGUGCAUAAGUUUUGGGAACCCUGUAGUGGAUUACAAGAGCUAAAACCUAAGGAGAAUACAUUGUUGUCUUCAAAUGAUGUUGCUAAGUAAAUGCUUUGUUGUAUAUUGCUUGAAAGCCCAAUGAAAGAUGUAUCUGUUUAUUUACAAUCUCUGAAGCGAAAGUUACCACUGUUUGCCAAUUCUUGGUGAAUUAAACUCAUUUUUCUAGGUUUUUCCUCAAGGUUUUCAUGAAGUUAUCUAAGACAGAAGACAUCUCACCCUCUAUGAUGGACUUACUUCUGAAAGUGCACUGAGGCACUUGAGGCUUAUUCGGCAGUAUGUCAUCAUACUUGAAAACAUUUCCAUUUAUUGUAUCUGGGAAGAGGCUUUUUACCCUUAUUCAAUUUGAAAAAUUGCUUAAGCUUAAAAGAUAUUUCAGUCAAAAACCUGUCUUUUAAUAAAACAAGAGAAAGAUG